AUGCCCGGCAACUAUGAAGCCGCUCACAAAUCACCGUCAGGGCCAGGUGACGCCCGACCAACCGCCCUUCAAAUCUUACAAGAUGAAGAUCUUGUCGGAAAACUCGAGGGAAAAGUGAUAUUUAUUACAGGCUGUUCAUCUGGGUUGGGUGUUCAAACUGCCAAGGCCCUUUAUGAGUCCGGUGCCACUUUAUACCUUGCUGCUCGCGAUCUCAAGAAAAUGAGAGCCGCGCUUCAAGUUUCCGGCAUCGUUGGCAGCCCCCGGGUACACUUAUUGCCCCUCGAUUUAAACUCACUCGCAUCUGUCCGCGCCUGUGCAGAUCAAUUCAAAGCCGAAUGCUCAACCCUCAAUAUCCUCAUCGCUAAUGCCGGCGUCAUGGCAUGUGCGGAAAGCCGUACUCUAGAUGGUUUCGAAACACAGUUCGGCGUCAACCACCUGGCCCAUUUUUUGCUUCUAAAUUUGUUGAAACCAAUCCUUCUCACUUCGUCGACCCCGAAUUUCAAUUCUCGUUAUGUGAUAGUGUCAUCAGUUGCUCACAACUAUGGUGAUGUCAGCUUCGAUAAUAUCAACUUGGAAGGGGAAUAUAACCAUUGGAAAGCAUAUGGUCAAAGCAAAACUGCAGGCAUUUGGACUGCAAAUUGCGUUGAGCGACUUUAUGGGUCUAAUGGCCUUCACGCCUUCAGCUUACACCCGGGCGGAAUUGCCACAGACCUCCAGCGACAUGUUCCAGAGGAAAUGAAGGCCUGGACACAAGACAAGGACGGGGCAAGAUACUGGAAAUGUCCGGAACAGGGUGCGGCGACGUCUGUUUGGGCUGCCAUCUCUAAAGAACUGGAGGGAAAAGGUGGCAAAUAUCUGGAAAACUGCUCUAUUGCGGGUCCAAAUACACCGGGAGAGAAUGGCCAAAUGGCAGGUUAUGCCGCCUGGGCCUACAACCCUGAUGCAGAAGCUAAAUUGUGGGCAAAAUCGAUGGAAAUGGUAGGAUUGCAGGAAUAG